UCAUUUAUCAACAUUAACCUUGUCAUUUUCAGUAUACUGCUCAACGGCUUCCUCUCUUCCAGAAUCGUAGACUACUCUAUAAACAUAGGAGAAGCAGCUUAUAAAGGAGUUACCACGAUGCUGAAUAGCGCAGGUGUAAAGCCAACCUGGAGCCGGUGCGUGGUGCACCCUCUCCGAUAUAAUGGAACCUCCCAUCACUCACAAGCACAUACGACCACACCCAUCGGAAAAUUCGGGAUCCCGUCCGCUCUCCCAUAGACAAGCCGAUGAGGGCCAGAUUAGUAGUUGAGUCGGUGACGAUCAGCGAAUACCUGGUGUUGUAUGUUUUUUUUUUGGUGGUUUUAUGACCGGC